AUCUUCGCAUCUUGUUCCCGCCCCCGGGAUGGCCGUCUUCUUCCGGGUCGCGGCCCCAUGCUGCCCACGGUUGCUGUGGAAACCGCGUGCAUGGCGGCGCUCAGACCGGUGUCCAACCGCAGCUUUCAGCGCGAGGAGGCGGGAGGUUCCGCGAACUCGUCGGUCACUACGCGGACGCCCGUGCCCGCAGUGUCGUCCGGGUCCCCAGAAAGGCUCGUGUCGCUCCCUCAGGUCGCCGAGCCGCCGGAAAAGAACCUGUGGGAGCAGAUCUGCGAGGAGUAUGAAGCUGAGUUCCCUACCCUUCCAGAAGAGUAUAAAGUGAAACAGGAAGGUGCAGUUACAGUGAGCUCGGUCACGCCAUUGGAGGAACUGGUUCCUCAUGGCUUCAAUAUGGAGCACUACCUCCCAGUGCACCCAUUGCCAGUGUUGCCUCCUGAGCCUUGUCCUCCCAAGAAGGCAGAAACAGUAGAACCCAAGACCUGUUCUCCCAGAGAUUAUCUGGAAAUGUUCAUCUUUCCAGUUCUGCUCCCUGGAAUGGCCAACCUGCUUCACCAAGCAAAGAGAGAAAAGUGUUUUGAGGUCAGUGAUUUGGUGGGAUGUCCAUAUUUUUAAGUUCUUGCUCAUUUGUUUCAGUCUGAUGGUAGCCCAUGAGCUUGGUACCAUUGAGUUGCUAUUCUUAAAAAUGACCCCUUGGCAAGGGAAGCCUGAAUUUGGGCUACUUGCCCCCUUCCUCCCACUUAGCCACAACAUCUAGUACUACAUAAAGAUACAUAUACUGCCAACUGUGGUCACCCAGGUUCCUGAGAGGUUACCAGCCACCCAGCCUUCCUGCCUACCAUUCUCCUGGGCAAUCUGGCAUCAAGCAGGUCUCUUGGUUCUAUCCCUGUUUGUUGUAAAUGCUGUGUCCUACUUUCAUUUCUGUGGCUGUAUGCAACACAGGGGAGGAAAAGGUUUAUUUGACUUAUAGUUCCAGAUUCCAGUCCGUCACAGCUGAGAAGUCACAGUCUAGGAAGUUGGAGUCAUUUCUUACCCACAGGAGAGAGAAAUCAAUGCAGCAGGCUCCCUUGCUUCCUGCUAGCUUUCUCCUUUCUUAUACUGUUGAAGAGCCCCUGCUUAGGGAAUGGUGCUGCCCACAAAGGGCUGGGACUUCCUAUAUCAAUUAAUAGUCAAGGCAGCCUUCCAAAGACAUGCCCACUGACCAAUCUGGUCUAGAUGACUCCUCAUUAAGCUAAUCUGAAGUGACUCUAGGUUGUAUCAAGUUGACAGUUAAAUCUAACAGUACACUGUGCUUGCUUCUUACUUGUCUCUGGAUUGAUCUUGCUCCUCUCCUAACUUUUUGAUUGGUUGGUUUUUGAAAUUUUUUUAGAUUAUUUAUUUCUUUAUUAUGUUUAUAACGUUCUGCUUCCAUGUAUGC